AAACCCCUGAGUUUUCAAGUGACACCCAACACAAAGAUUACAACUUCUAUCCAUCUCAACUUCUGUAUAUCUUUACAUAUCUUUAUAACUUUAUUUAUAUAUACAUAUAUCUUUAUAUAUCUAUACAAUCUCAAUUGCCAGAAAUCUGGAUCUCUAACUGCUACAAGGGACAAUAUUCAUCAAUCCCAGCUUAUCUGUUUCUAUAUCUAUAGAUUUCAUUUUCUGUAUCUAACUACUACUACUACUACAUUGGUACUGAAAGGUCCCCAGUUUGCAGUCAAGGCUAAAAUAUCAUCUUCCUGGUUCUUGUAACAGGGUCAGAAAUCAUUUUGUUUUUUUCUCUCAGUAGAUAAUUGUAGCCAAUGGAUCGUCGGAGUUGGCCAUGGAAGAAGAAAUCAUCGGAUAAGUCUGGUGCUGACAAAACUUUGAUAGAAUCCGUUAGUGUCCAUGCUUCAGCUGGUUCUCAGGGGGACAAGGUGAAACAAGAUAGCUACAAAAAGCCUAAUUACGUUCAGAUCUCCGUGGAUCAGUAUUCACAUUUAACUGGAUUGGAGGAUCAAGUGAAAUCAUAUGAGGAUCAGUUGAAAUCAUAUGAUGAUCAAGUGAAGUCAUUUGAAGACCAAGUGAAGUCAUAUGAUGAACAAGUGAAAAGAUAUGAAGAUCAACAAUUGGUAUAUGAAGAUCAGAUUAAGACUUUAGAAGAUGAAGUAAAGGACUUGAACGAGCAACUUUCUGAAGCCCAUUCGGAGAUGACCACAAAGGAGAAUAUGGUUAAACAACACGCAAAAGUAGCAGAGGAAGCUGUUUCAGGUUGGGAAAAGGCGGAAGCUGAGGCUGCAACUUUAAAAAAUCAUUUAGAAUCAGUGACUCUGUUAAAACUCACCGCUGAAGAUCGAGCAUCACAUUUAGAUGGGGCACUGAAGGAGUGCAUGCGUCAGAUAAGAAACUUGAAGGAAGAACAUGAGCAGAAUGUACACAAUGUUGUUCUUGCAAAAACAAAGCAGUUUGACAGGAUGAAACAUGAAUUUGAUGCAAAGAUAGCAAAUUUAGAUCAAGAACUCAUGCGAUCCGCUGCUGAAAAUGCUGCAGUUUCUAGGUCUUUACAGGAUCGUUCAAAUAUGCUGAUCAAAAUGAGCGAAGAAAAGGCACAAGCAGAAGCAGAGAUCGAGCUUUUAAAAAGCAACAUCGACUCCUGUGAGAGGGAAAUAAAUUCUCUUAAAUAUGAGUUACAUCUAGUUGCUAAAGAGCUGGAGAUUCGUAAUGAAGAAAAAAAUAUGAGCUUGCGAUCUGCUGAAGUUGCAAAUAAGCAGCAUGCGGAAGGCGUGAAGAAAAUAGCUAAGUUGGAAGCCGAGUGCCAAAGAUUACGUGGGCUUGUAAGAAAGAAGUUACCUGGGCCGGCAGCUCUUGCCCAAAUGAAACUGGAAGUUGACAGUUUGGGCAGGGACUAUGGUGAAACUCGGUUCAAAAGGUCUCCAGUAAAGCCUCCUAGUCCACAAAGUCCACAUUUCUCGUCGUUGCCCGACUUUUCUCUUGACAGCAUACAGAAGUACCAAAAAGAAAAUGAAUUGCUGACAGAGCGUUUAUUAGCAACGGAAGAGGAAACAAAGAUGCUGAAAGAAGCUUUAGCUAAACGUAAUACGGAACUACAAGCUUCCAGAAACAUUUGUGCUAAAACAGUUAGCAAACUUCAGAAUCUGGAAAGUCAGCUGCAGUCAAAUUCUCAAGUGAAGACUGCUAUUAGUCAAAAUGCAAGUAAUCCGCCAAGUGUGGCCUCAUUUUCAGAAGAAGGAAAUGACGAUGAUGUUAGUGUUGCUGGAUCUUGGGCUACAGCUAUGAUCUCUGAGCUCUCUCAUAAUAAAAAAGACAAGACAAUUGAGAGUCCUCAAAGGUCUGAUAGUACAAGUCGUUUGGAGCUAAUGGAUGAUUUCCUGGAGAUGGAGAAGUUGGCUAAUUCAUCAAAUGGGUCACAAGUUGCCACUGACUCAGAGUUACAGGGUAAAGAAAAGCUCGAUGCAGAUCCCUUGGAGAAACCAAAUGGGGGUGAGAACCUUAAUUCUAAAAUUACCGAAUUACUGAAUUCAUUACCUAAAGAUACAGAUUCAGAUAAACUUUAUCAUGAAAUAAGCCGAGUUGUACGUGUAUGUGGAUCUGAUGCCACAUCUGAUCACCAUGAUCAAGAACUGGCUGCUGCUAUUUCUCGUAUUUAUGACUUCGUGUUAAUUCUUGGAAAGGAGGCAAAGUCUGUGGUGGGAACAUCUUUAGAAGAGAAUGAAAUCCUUCAGAAGGUCGAGGAGUUCUCUGUUUCCUUUAAAGAGAUCGAGUCCAGCAAAAUAAAUCUCAAUGAUUUUGUUCUUGGCGUGUCUGGUGUAGUUAGUAAAGCUAGUGAACUUAGGUUCAGUUUUGUGGGUGAUGAAGCUAAUGAUAAUGAAGCCAGUAGUCCAGAUUGCAUAGACAAAGUUGCUUUACCUGAGAAUAAGGUUGACUAUUCAAAUGGUUGUUCCCAAUUUUCAGAUACCACAUCUGAUCCCGACAUACCUCAUGAUGGAAGUUCUGUACCGACAUCUGAUUUAAAUGUGAAGUCAUGGAAAUGCUCGUUGGAGGAGUUUGAACAGAUAAAAUUAGAAAAAGAGAAUAUGGUUAUGGAUUUGGCUAGAUGUAAUGAAAAUCUUGAAGCCACUAAAAUACAGUUAACUGAAACUGAGCUUCAUUUAUCUGAAGUUAAAUCUCAGUUGACGGCUGCUCAGAAGUUAAAUGGCUUAUCUGAGACACAGCUUAAGUGUAUGGCUGAGUCGUAUAACUCGCUAGAAGUUCGUGCUGGUGACUUGCAAUCUCGGGUCAACCUUCUGGAGUCAAAGAUAGAAAUGUUGGAUAACGAGCUUGCGGAAGAGAGGAAAAAUCACGAGGAUACUGAGGCAAAGUGCAAAGAUCUUCAAGAGCAAUUGCAGAGGCUCGAAGCUUCCCCUGUUGCUGAUAUGGAUAUCAAAAGCAAUCAGGAGAAAGAAUUGGCAGCUGCUGCAGAGAAGCUAGCUGAGUGUCAAGAAACAAUAUUCCUCCUAGGAAAGCAGUUAAAUGGCAUGCGUCCUCAAUCUGACUUCAUGGGGUCUCCAUUGAGUCAAAAAGGUCAAAGCUUUGUUGAAGAAGAAGUAGAACAAGAAGACGAGAAAGAGGAAAUAACUACUAGCAGUGGCAUGAACAUGCAGCCAGGAAACGAGUCUCCUGUUCAUUUAGAUAACCAUCAAUAUAGUCCUUCAGAUUCUGAAGCCAACAAUCUUUUGAGAUCACCAAUCAGUUCAAAAACUUCAAAACACCGACCCACCAAAUCAGGAUCAUCUUCUUCAUCUUCUAACCCGACACCUGAAAAGAACACUCGUGGCUUCAGCCGAUUCUUUUCUACAAAAGCAAAGUGAACCUGGACCCAUGAUUACGUGUAGAUACUACUUUGGAAAAGGAAUUUCUGGCAUUACGUGAAACUGUGAGGUAAAUUUUUGUAUUACAUGCCUGUAUUUGAUGUUGUUCUUGAUGUCCCUCCACAUAAAAUGGUCAAGUUAGUGUAUUUCUAUUUUUUGGUUUGUUUGACUGAAGAACAUGACAUAAGUUUUUCAUGAAAUAUGUUUUUUUCUUUCUCAUUUUACUUGAAGAAACAACUUGUGUUAGUAAAUGUUGUUUCAGUUAUAACCAAACAGAGUGCAUUAUUCCAUUUAUAUUUAUUCAUUUAGUUAUGUAGUUUUAUCAA